AUGCCAAAGCAUAUGAAGCUUACAUCGCAUCAGCGCGAGGCCCGGCUGCUGCACACAUACCACCUGGCCGUCCGCCACAAGGUGGUUACGCUCGACUACAAUCCCAAGCCACAGCCGAAGAAACCGAGCACUGAUUCCUCUACCACUCAGCCGAAGGGCACGCGCCAGAGUGCGCGAAUCGCGACCCGCAGCACGGCUGCCGGAUCCAAUACCUCUUCGGCCAGAGACGAGGCUGGGCCCCCCUCACCCACGGCUUCCGACGAGGGCAGGGACAACUCGGCACGCUCGUCUCCGCUCUCGGACGAGGAUGGCAACGUCGCACCUCUCUCUCCCAUGUCCCUUGGCGAGCUCGAAGCUACUUCCCCUCGUCGUAACGCGCCCGAGCCCGAAGCUACAUCGCCUCGUCGUGCCUCGCCUGAAGACGACGCUGGACUCAUGUCGGUACGCUCGUCUCCGCUCUCGGACGAGGAUGGCAACGUCUCACCUCCCUUGCCUCUGUUCCCGAGAGAGGCCGAGCCCGCUGCACACCGCGGUGCUUCGCCGUCGGGCGAGGCGGACGGCGCCGGAACUACCGCACCUCUCCCGAUGUCGUCGACAGACACGGCCGGGGUCUCGCCGUCAGAACCAAACCACGCUCAGGCCUCCGUCGUUGGAGCGCCCCCUCCGCCGACACCCGCGGCAGACAAGCCGACGGCCGUGGAAGAGGUGCACAAUCUGGUCGACGACGAAGACCGCACCAUGUACAAGGACGGGACUCCGAACAUCGUUUUUAGAAGGAAUCUCACCCUCCUGAAUCGAGAAGGAGAUGUUCUGCUGCAGCGCUUCAGACCGCCGUCGUACAGGGCGCACAAGAAGAUGGAAGCCGAGGCGGCGAAAGGCCGAGCCCUCUACGACCGGGUCGUCAAGUACGCCAGGUGCGACCAUCUCGUCCCGAGCAGCAGGACAGCCUCCUCGUUCCCGCACUACCACUUCGGCAUCUGGAACGGUCAGGGCCAAAGGGAUCUCGUCAAAACGGCCGAGACGUUACAGAGGGGCAACAAGGAAGGGCAGAUGGCCGUCAUGGCUUUCCUCGCGUGGCUUCGCAACUACCUCACGUGGUACGUUCAGUAUCUGGUCGACGCCAAGCCAUCCGACCCUGCAAUCGGGAGCGACGGUGAAUGCGAGAUCGAUGGGCUUCAUCCGACGUAUGUGCAAGCUUACAAGGACCGCGAGGAGCUCUACAAGUGGCUGAAGAGCGAGAUCCUGGACGCCGAUUUCUUGUGCCACCCGCUCUACUCGACCUGCUCGCCCUUCCACGGCUUCUCUGAAUCGGCUCACAAGGAUGUGUCCGACCUUCCCGCCACCAUCCUGCUCAACUUCGGCUCCCAGGCGCUGCUCGAGCUCCCCGACUACGACGCCAGCGUGCUCCUCGAACCGGUCGACACCGUCUUCUUUGACGCUCGCACAGUCCGGCACUCGACGCGCCCGCUUCCCAUCAACGUCAACAACGGCGUCGACGAGGCAGAGAGGUGGGCCAUUUCGUGCUUCUAUCGAUCCGUUGUCAACGACCGCAGGGAGAACGGCACGUUCCAGACCGGCGAUCUGCGCACCAUGGCCGCCUGGCACGCCGAGGCCUACCGAACCCCCAAGAAGCGCAAGACCGGGUCGUCCAAUCGAUCGACCGCCGCGCGACGCAGCUAG